AUGAUGUUCCGCGCCGUUAUAUGCUUGGUCACGAGUGUGACAGCCAUGACUUUGACGCGUCGUGAUGUCAGUCCGGACGCCAUCUCUGUUGUUAACCUAGCAGUAGACCGUGGGGAGUCUCAACAUGGCGCCUCGGGUGUCCUCUACGGCCUGCCACUGGACCUGAACCAGAUCCCUGAUAAGUGGUUUAUCGACAUGGGUUACGGUUAUUCGCGUGGCGGCGGCUCCUCGCUGACAGCCGGAGGCCACGCAUGGAUUACUUCGUUUGAUGACUACAAGGUCCGCAUGAAUGGCGUUAUAUCCAACUACCGAAUCGUACGCAAGUACAAUGGCACAUACACCACCAUGAUGAGUGACCUCUGGGGUGCCGAUGGCGGCCAGCGUGAGACAGACGGGCCCUACCCCGGUGAUGGCGGCGACUGGACCCAGUGGGACGGGUUUCUCGCCCAAGUUGUCAAGGAUCUGCGCGAGAACGACGCUCUUGAGGGCAUGUCACUCGAUAUCUGGAACGAGCCCAACGGUGAAGUUUACUGGGACCGACCUCAGGCUCAGUACCACGAAGCCUGGGCCCAUGCCUAUGCCUACUUGCGCAAGGAGCUGCCCGACACUAAGAUUGGUGGUCCUGCCGUCAAUACGGAUCCAUCUGUCUUGAACGAGUGGUGGACCAACUUUGCCUCCUUCCUUCAGGUCAACGGCACCAUCCCCGACGAGUGGGAGUGGCAUGUCCUGGGCAACCCGGACUUUGAGACAUCCCGUAACCUCUUGUGGGAACUUCUCGACAAGUAUGGCCUGCCCCACAAGCCCAUCAACAUCAACGAGUACGCCCUUGACAGCGAGCAGACCCCUGUCUUCAGCGCCUGGUACAUUGCCAGCUUCGAGCGGAUCGAUGCCAAGGGGGCCCGGAGCUGUUGGAUUCCCGCCUUCCAGGCCUACGAUAUGCUGAGCGGUCUUCUCACCAAGCCCGGCGGUGGUGAUCCCAACGUCUACGAUCCCAAGAACCAGGAUUAUAGAGCAACUGGUCAGUAUCUCGUCUACAAGUACUACGGCACCGGAAUGCAGGGUCACCGUGUUGAGACACUGCUUUCUACCAAUAAGGACUUUGAUGUCUACGCCACCGUCGAGGGCAACCAUCUCAAGAUGCUCUAUGGUUCUCGCCGUCAGACUGGUGAGUCCGCCAUCCGUGUCAACAACCUCGACAUCAUCGGUCUACCAUCUUCUGGCGAGACCAAGAUCAAAGUCUUGGCAUUCCCUUUCCCUGGCGGUCUCGAAAACGGCCGCUUUACACCUGUCGACGAGCCCGUCGAUGUGGGCACCUUUGAUGUAUCGUACAACGAUAACUUCAUCCAGUUCCCAGUUUGGCCCAGUGAUGAGUUCACUGCCUACGCCUUUGAGAUUGCUGGAUCUCGGUAA